AUGCCAACCGCCACCACAGCAGUUGCAGAGCUGAGUUUGUCGCCACCAGCAGCAGAUGAACAUAAUACCAAGCUAGAAUCGUUUUCAUUGUAUCGACGUCAACCCCAAGGACGACGAUCCCAUGCACGCCAAAUCAAACUUGGGCCUUAUUUAUUACUGCAGACAUUGGGUGAAGGCGAAUUUGGCAAAGUCAAGCUUGGGAUUCAUACUGAGACGGGGCAAGAGUUUGCGAUCAAAUUGAUUAGAAAAGAAACGGUGGGAUUUUCAGCAUCACGCAUGAGCAAGGUGGAACGCGAGAUUCAUGCAUUGAGAACAUUGAAACAUCCCAAUAUUGUCAAGCUAUUCGACGUGAUUGAAACAGAGCGAUACAUUGGCAUUAUCCUUGAAUACGCUUCCGGUGGUGAACUCUUUGAAUACAUCUUGGCGCAUCGUGCUUUGAAGGAGAAGGAUGCACGGCGACUCUUUGCUCAACUCAUCAGCAGUGUCCAAUACAUGCAUCGCAAGAACAUUGUGCAUCGCGAUCUCAAGCUGGAAAACUUGCUGUUGGAUCGUAGUCGCAAUAUCGUAGUGACAGACUUUGGAUUUGCCAACCAAUUUGAUUCUGAUAACGACUUGAUGGCGACUUCAUGUGGAUCACCAUGUUAUGCAGCACCAGAGCUUGUGGUGAAUGAAGGGUUAUAUCAAGGUUCAUCGGUGGAUAUCUGGUCCUGUGGUGUCAUUCUAUAUGCCAUGCUGAGUGGUUACUUGCCAUUUGAUGACGAUCCAUGCAAUCCAGACGGCCACAACAUCAACCAGUUGUAUCGCUAUAUCCUCUCUACAACUCCUUCGUUUCCAUCUCACAUAUCUCCCGAGGCUCAAGAUCUAUUACGUCGUAUGUUAACAGCUGAUCCAUCUCAACGAUGUUCCCUUGAUGCUAUCCAACAACACCCAUGGCUUCAACAGCAUACUGCACUCUUCAACAAGUCCGAUGCCGCCCUUGAAUCUGAAGCUGCUCGUCUUGCUGAACAAGCUUUCAUGCCAAGCUAUCGAAGGAUGGUGUGGUCGACACAGCAACAACAAGAACAACAGCAACAGCAACAACAGCGUACAAUGAACAAAACACGUCCUGCUACGGUGCAUGGCUUGGGACGUUUGGCGCAUCUUAGCCAUAAUCAACAACAACACCAUCACAACAGCAUUCGAGGUCAUGCUCGUACACAAAAGGCACAGACUGCACGUCCACCUCCACGACGAGAACGUUUACUCAGCUUCUUUACUAAUAAUGGUGGUGGUGGUGGUGAUACACAACUUUUGGCUUCUUCCAAAUUGCGUAGCAAGUUUAUGGCUAAUCUUCGGCCUACAGCAACCAUCUCAACGGCAGCAACAACAACGAAUCAACGUCGUCAGCAGCCUUAUCAAGUGGAAGCACCGGUAUCACCUCCUUUGUCUCCUAGUGACCAAUCCAAGGAUGAAGCUAUUGCUUUGAAUCGUGAUGAAUCACUACGCGUCCUUACACGUGACACUCGUCGUCCACGAUACCAUAGCACAGUUGGAGCAGCAAGUGGACGUGCUAUUGCAGCCAUGCGUAACAGCCUAUCACGUACCAAACGUGAGAAUGACAAGGAUCGCCCUUCAUCUCCUCAAGCACCAUUAUCAUCUCCACAAGGACCUACUCCCACAGCCACAUCCACAACAACCACGGCUGGUAGAAAAGUGAUGGCAUGGAUUAAAAGGAAAUCUGGAGGCAACAAGACACAGCAGCAGCAGCAGCAUCAGAAUACUACAACUACUACGACUCCUAUCAACAAAACAGCAACACCUGCCGCUGGUGUGGAUGACAAUCAAAAACAACAUGAAGCUACUACAACCACUGAAACGAGCCAUGAACCACCUAAACCAGAAAUGCCCAAAGCAUCUCGUACAGUCACUGAGUUGAAUACCAUGGCAACACAGCAACCAGCAACAACAGCCGAUCAACAUGCCAAUGAGGCGACUACCACCACCAACGCACCUGAUGAUGAUGAUACAAAGCUGGAUCAAUUGGAAGAACAAAUGCGAUUCCAUCAUGGUGCAGUAGAUCGCUCGGCACUUACAUCACAACCCCCUGAUCAAGUCAUGGAUGAGAUCAAGAGAACAUUGGUUGCAUUGGGUAUCACGCAUUUAUCGGAUGGUCCUUACAAGCUUAAAUGCUCUCGACGUAAAGCUAAGACGCCUCCUGAAUUCGAACUAUUUCCUGAUCCUGGUCGAUUAUCAGCCACUUCAUCACGUGAGGACUCUCUCUUGUCCACUGAAGCCGAGGAAGAAGUAGCCAUGAUGCAGCAAGAAGAAGAGCAACAGCUUCGUCCUAUUUAUGGUGAUCCAAUCACUGACACGGGUGAUGAGGUGCGUUUCCUUGUUGAGAUCAGCCGAUUCCGUAACCUACCUGGUUUAUACAUUGUCGACAUACGCCGGCUGCGUGGAAGCGUUUGGGCUUACAAGUUUCUUUAUCACAAAAUCAUUGACCUACUCCACCUGGGCUCUUAUUGUUGUACGACCACUACAAGAUCCGUGCGUAGUCGUCCUGAUCAUCUUGUGCAAGCAUCUCCCUUUUAUAAGAACCCUCCUCCUCCUCCUCCUGAACCUAUCGAGUGUACUCGCUCCUCUAUCCUUGUUGCACAAACAUAA